GAGGACGGGGACGGGGAUGGCGAUGAUGAUGAUGUGGAUAUGUACGGGAGUGAGAGUGAGGAGGAGGAGGAGGAGGGGCGGUAUGAGGGAUUGAGGAGAGGGCUGGGCGCGGGAGGAAGCAAGGGCGGCGGCGGUGGCGGAGAGGAGGGCGGUGGAGAGGAGGGCGGCGAGCUGGAUGUGUUGGGGCACGCAAGGCUAGCUGCCGCCGCGGGCGCCCUGGACGACACCGCGCUGUUCGCCGACUGGGAGGCGCACGGCCGGGGGGUGGCCUCCCGACUGCUGGCGCGCAUGGGCUACGUGCGGGGGCGGGG